UUCAGUGAAAACAUGGCUGACAUUGGAGCUAUGAUAGCGACUCCAGGAAUCGAAAGCCCGAACAAGCGGGCGAAAAUGGAUAGUGGACUAACAGCAACUAACUUCGAUGAAUCUAAAUUCGCUAGAUAUUACAGAACGGACACAGUGAGCUCUCCCGUAAGCUCACAUUCCGGACCAGUUGUCAGUGAUACAUCAGCAUAUUAUUCAUACCCCUACACGUACUCGAAUUCUUUCUCAUCAUACACGUAUCCUUGUGGACAAACAGACGCAGCAGCUUUGUACACAUAUCCCGCAUCUUAUGGCAUUCCUUACACCGCACUGAAUGGCUUCAGCACAGAAUAUUCCUCGACGUCAGGUAGCGACUAUUCAUUAUCUCCAAGCUCAUCUGUUUCUGCGCUGACAUCAACUUCAAGUCUCAAUAUUUCACAAUCAUUGACAUUAAAUUCUACGGCACAUCACAAUACACCUCCUUCGCGUGUUAUUCACUGUAGAGCAGUUGCAGACGGUUGUAAAGAAACAGACUUGAUAAACGUUCUUCAGCCAUUUGGGAAAAUUACAUAUGUGACUUUAUUGCCAAAAAUUAGACAAGCAUUGGUGGAAUUUGAAGAUAUUGAUUCUGCUGUAGCUCUGGUUUCAUUUUCACAGUCAAAUACACUCACUGUACUUGGUAGACAAAUGUUCGUGAAUUACUCCAAAAGUCAAGAAAUAAAGAGGGAUAAAGUUCUCAAUGGUGAAAGUAAUGGAGCCUCUUCAGAAGCUAGUAAUAUUCUCCUUCUCACAAUAAUCAAUCCUUUACAUCCAAUCACAGUGAAAGUACUUCAUAAAAUAUGCAGCCCUCAUGGAAAAGUUUUAAGAAUUGUGAUCUUUCACAAGAAUGGAUUGCAAGCUUUGGUUGAAUUUGACAAUGUCGAGGCAGCUCAGCGAGCUCUUGCAACACUCAAUGGACAAGAUAUUUAUGCGGGAUGCUGCACACUGAAGAUUGAUUAUUCAAAGAAAGCUAAAAAAUUAAAUGUUUUUAAAAAUGAUGAUGAAACAUGGGAUUACACUGGAGCACUGAACAAUAACUCAGGGAUCCCAAGCAAGACAGCUCUUCUUGGGUCUGGGCUCUUGUCUGCAAUUUCAGGAAAUGAUGCCAGUGAGACGCAGUUGUCAAGUUCACCACCGAACACUGUCACUCUUAAUGGUGUGAAUGGAUCACCAAUUUCCAUCAGUAAUGAGGCUAUUGCAAGAGCAGCGCAGUUUCCCACUGUACAGAGUAUUCUAGCCAAAGUUGCAUCUCUUCAUGGGAACCCGCCUAAGAGUCCAACAUCAGGUAGCAACUCACCUGUGGAGAAUGUAGUGAAAAAGUUGGGUAUUCUUGGAAGCUCGCCGUACCAGUUACCUCAGGGUGGACUCUUAGGAGCUCUACCAGGCCUGGCCCAACAGCAGCAACAGAUGAAUGGCAUUUCUAGCGCUUUGAACGCAGGUGGUACUGGCUGUGUGUUGAUGGUUUACGGACUGAAUGCUGAAAAAAUGAACUGUGAGAGAAUCUUUAACUUGUUUUGUCUAUAUGGCAACGUCGUCAAGGUUAAAUUCCUCACCAACAAACUCGGAGCGGCCAUGGUACAAAUGUCGGACAAAGUUGCUUCAGAAAUGAUCAUCCGAAACUUGAGUGGUGCCGUGCUUUUCGAUUCCAAAAUCAACAUCAUAUUUUCGAAGCAUCCUUUCAUAGCAGAUUCAUCGGUGGUGACGACUUUACCCGAUGGUACGCCUUCGUCCAUGAAUUUUGCUGACAACCGAAACAACCGGUUUAAAUAUCUUCCUGAGGGUCAGAGUCUCAAGAAUAGAUACCAACCACCAACAAGAAUGCUUCACUUCUUCAAUGCCCCUCCAAACUGUACUGUGGAAACGCUUAAGGAGGUCUUCAUCACUGCCGGAUCUUUGUCUCCUCUGAAAGGCACUUUCUUUUCAAAAGCGAACGCCAAAUCAUCAGCGGGGUUACUGGAGAUGCCGGAUAUUCGUUCAGCCAUGGAAGCGUUAACUCUUACUAACCACUUCACCAUAAACCCACCAGGAGGCGGAUCCUAUACCCUGAAAUUGGCCUUCUCCCCAAGCUCCUCAAUAUCUCCAACGGCUCCGACCGUUGCUCCUGCAGUUGCUGCGGCUGCAGUCGCCGUCAGCAAUGGUGCCAAUCCUUUGGGACCUAUCGGUUCGCCGGUGCACCCUCGAUGUAUGGCGGGAAGCCCCAUCAGCAUUGUGACGAAUGGUGUCAAGGAAUUAAACGGUGACUCCGAGAGGAAUGGGCUGAGUCCAGAGCAUUUAUCAGGUACCAGUCUUUAGGGAGGGAGACUGGCACACAGCAUCAACCAGCUGUGAUAACGUAAAGCGGUAAUUCACGAUGCUUAAAAGGACUUCAAAUGAAAACACAGAUUCAACUUCGAAUGAAGAGAAAUCUCCCAGGUAAAUGAAUUAUUAAUCAAUGGGAAGAGUUAAAAAAAAUACAUUAGGUCGUUAUAAGUCAACAAAAAUGUUGUAUUGUCGUUCGCCGACUGCUUUGUUUUCGCUCUCCCAGAACAGUUGGUGAUGAGCAUGCUUAGAAGUUGUAAAAGUUCGAAUAACAAUGUUAGUUAAAGGCACCUUUUCAUGCAUUAGGUUUAUGGUUCAAAUUUGUAGUUAUAGGUUUAAUAAUUUUCCCUCGUUACAUUAAGAAUUUAUUGAAUGCACUGAGGUGAUGAAAGCCUUGGUAAAAACCAGCGUUUAAUAACCCAAGGUUGAGCGGUUGAAAUGCCAGCCCAAAAUAUAUAAAUAUAUUACAUAAAUAUUUACAACAUGAAUAUUAGAGUAAUUUUUUCAAAACUCGUAUGCGCAGUGAGUCUAAACUAAGAUUCCUUUUGUCUACAUAUACAAAAUUUUCCUACAUCAUAGAUAUAUUAAAUCUUAACUCGUGGAGAGAAGUCAAACUUCACAGGCUCCUGAGCAAAUGAUAUCGUUAAAAAACAAGUUAUCUAUUACUUAUGGUAACUUUUUUUUCCAUCUAAUUUACAUUUUUCCACUGAAUUUUAUUGCAACCGUAAUUGCUACCCAAAACUGUUGACACAUUGUUGACAACUGUUCAAGGAAAUGUUUUCCUUUUCGAGAGAAUAAGUUGUGUUUUUGUUGUUGUUUUUUUCAUACUUUGACUCAGUAUUUGGAGUAUUGAUUCCUCUGCACGAUCUACUUUUGUAGUUAAAAUUUGUUCACCUUAUCUCAAAAGCGGCAGCUUUCAGAUAAAUUUACCUUCUCCCUUGACAUGUGCGUCAACAAUUGUUAUCAGGUUUUAAGGUAGCAAAUGCGACGCGUUGUUUUGUAAAAUGUGUAUGCCUUACACCAAACACACAAGUGGUGUCUUAUUUUACAUUUGUUAGUAAGCUUAAAACACACCAAGUCGGUAUUUAUAAUUUAAGAUGUUUUCCACAGCGUACGCACCCCCUUGUUUAAUACUUUUACUGUGUUAUCAGUACGGAAAUUCUCCUGACCUAUUUGCAUACAUGUCUUCUUUAAUUAGUGGGGAGAAUUUAUUUGAAUACUAAUACUGUUCUCGUUUGGUGAUUAUGGGCGUAAUUCCUUUUACUUGAUCCCAAAAUUUUGAGCCUUUUUCUUCUUUUGAAGUAGCUUCAAUUUGUAAAUGGCUAGUGCAAAUUAGGGUUAGGUUAGAAUAUUUGGCUACUGCUUUUUUUUUGCCACACUCGAGAGAUGUUUUUAAUUGAUAUUUUUGUCUCUAGUGUUUUGAUGUUCCAAUGAAUAUCAGAUACUCCUUGGUACCGCUGAUUUUUUUUUGUUAGAGCUUUUUUCUUUGCAGUUCUGUGCAGCAACUACCCUUGCAGGAAGCAACGGGGAACAUGAGGUCGUUAAAGGAAAAUAUCAGAAUUUUUAUUCAUAUUCAAUUUAACCUCGAAUGACUUUUAAAGAAAUUUUAGACUUAUUGAAAUUGCUUUUAUAUUUGCCUUAUUUUUUCAAAUAAUUUGUACUUAGCGAAAAAAAUAUAUUGUUAUAACGUACAGUUAUUUUUUUCCGGUCAGAUUCUCAUCAGUUGUGUUUCCUAGCAACGGCGGUUCGUCAUAAACUGUAAAGAGCCACCUUAAUGUCUUUAACGCUCGGAAAAUUAUGAAAAUUCUCAUCCGCGAAACAAAACUAUAAUUAAUUUCCUAAGGAAAAAGAGGACAUACAUUUUUGUGUGGACCGACAGAAAAAUAAUUGUUCCAAUUUAAAAAGAGAGAGAGAAAGAUGUUAGGAAAUAUUUCAAAUAAUCGAAUCCCACACAUGUGUGAACAAACCACAUAAAAAGAGUCAGAUACAGAAUUGUUAAGCUUACAUUGAAUUUUUGUUCUUUCGGACUUUUUGUACGGGGUCCUGAAUGCAUAAUUUUUAAUUGGAAAUAAUUUAAUUACAUGGUCUGAGUCAAAGAGGUUUUUAAUAUAAUUCGUCGCACAUGUUCAAUCACUCAUAGAGGUCAACUUUCAAUAACGUUGUACAUAUUAUAGGUUAUAGAAUUUAAGAAAAGAGAGAGGCAAAUAUCCCCAUUUAACACCACAAAGUAGAAGACAAAUAUUAUGAACUUAAAAUUACCAAAACAUAUUUUAGUGGAGUUUGGUAUAACGAAUUGUUAUUUGAUUCAUUUAUAUGCGAACGCUAAGACAACCAAACCGCCCAGUCAAGCUCGUACCCAGACUCACUCUUCCGCGUUACCCUUAGGGCGUGUGUUUCAGGGAAUGGGAGUUUCGGCCUGGUCACGUGUAUCUAAGGAAAUAAGAGGAAGAGACUGCCUGGGAACGAGACUGCUACCAAAUAACGAAAAAGUCGCCAGCAACAACCAUGACAUCUGAUUUUAUUUAAUUAAUUUUCCAAAAACGAAAAAAAGAAAAAAAAAUACUGUUAUAAGACGCAACGUUCAUGUUGAAAUGGCGAUGCCACGAUUUAGUUGAGUUUACCAUGAAUUGUUCGGAAUUUCUGCACGCAUUAAAUUUUAUUCCCUGUUGUCCACAAGUGUUAUUUUAAGAUUUUGACACCUUUUUCUUAUUAUAUUUCUUAUAAAUGGAUUUUCAAUUUGUUGCGACUAUAGAUUUCAUUACUAGUGAACGUUAUUCAACCACGAGGGUUUUUUCUUUUGACAACUUUAAAUGUAACGUUCUUGAAGAUAGAAGCUUUUUAAAGAUACAUCCACGGAAGUUUGAUAAGUGUGAGUGCAAUUGGAACGUGCCAGCCUGCACUUAUCGUGUUCAGCGGACAUCUUCGAAAAAGCCUCAGCGGCAGAAAGAGAGAGGGAGAGAGAGAUUCGGAAAGCUCUCAUGUUGUGAGGGACAACAUCUCAGGUCAUCUUAGAGAACUUGUUGCUAACAUUGGGUUUGAAAGAACUACUUUUAUAUUAUUUUUGGUAAUGUUUGUUUUGUUUUAUUCUCUGUCUCCUUAUUCAUAAUUGCUUUGCGUUGUAGUUUAGAGGAUUUUUCAUUAUAUUCAGAGGUCGUUGAAACAGUCGCUCCGUCCGUAACUUUCAUCUUAGUAUUAGCUGACACUUUCAUUUUAGUAUUAGCUGACACUGGAAACUUUUUCCAGGGUCUGGUUUAAGUUGUUGUCCAAAACAAGUUGGUGGCUUGAAAAAUGUUUGAAGUAAGGUUAACCUACGUUAAACUGCACACACACUCGUUUUUAUGCAAAAUUAAAAAGGCCUUGUGUUGGGUUAAAGAGCUUAAUAUUACAAGACUGGUUUGUCUUAUUCACUGCAGAAUUUGUUGCUUUCUAAAGAGUUAGUUACCUCGGUUCGGUGAUCUAAGCACCGCUAUACUGCAAAUAGGAAUAACAUGGAAGAGUACCUCAUAUUAAAGCUGCAUUAAUUUUGA